UGAGAUUAGUCCCGGUUCUGUCGGCCUUAGCCAUGGUGUUGUUGGGGUUCGUCCUCGGCUUCUCUUUCCCGGCAUCGAUGACGCCCAAUCUUCAGUGUGGCGUACUGCCUUGGAGUGGCAGCGGUGCUGCAAACUCCAGCUCCAGUGAGAGCAGCUUCCUGGGCAGACUCUGGGCACCAUUGUUCAGGAACAGCAGUGGCACCUCAAAUGCCACUUCAGGGAUUGCAAGGAGACCAGAAGGCGCAGGGAGGUUACCGCCGGGCAUUGUGGUCUCGGAGUCCGAUCUUCACCUGCGCCGGUCGUGGGGAUCCCCGAGUCAGGACGCGCCGGUUCGAAAGUACCUCCUCACAAUGGCGGUAGGGUACAAGGAGAGGGCCAACGUCAAUGCCACUGUUCAAAAGUUCUCCGACAACUUCGACGUGGUGCUGUUCCACUACGACGGCCACACGACGGAGUGGGACGACGAGUUCCAGUGGUCCAAGGAGGCCGUCCACGUCAGCGCCAGGAAGCAGACCAAAUGGUGGUUCGCCAAGAGGUUCCUUCACCCGAGCAUCGUGGCGCCGUACGACUACGUGUUCCUGUGGGACGAGGACCUCGGCGUCGACAACUUCACCGCCGAAGCGUAG